UUCGCUCCCCGCCGGGAGGUGCGGCCCGGGGAGGGGCCAGGAGCGGGAACGUGCCCGGUGCUGCCCAGCCUUUGUCUGCUGCCUCCGGAUGCACAGCGAUGGGGGAAUGGACCAUCCUGGAGAGGCUGCUGGAGGCCGCGGUGCAGCAGCACUCCACUAUGAUCGGGAGGAUCCUGUUGACCGUGGUGGUGAUCUUCCGGAUCCUCAUUGUGGCCAUUGUUGGGGAGACGGUGUAUGAUGAUGAGCAGACCAUGUUUGUGUGCAACACGCUGCAGCCCGGCUGUAACCAGGCCUGCUAUGACCGCGCCUUCCCCAUCUCUCACAUACGUUACUGGGUCUUCCAGAUCAUAAUGGUGUGCACUCCCAGUCUCUGCUUCAUCACCUACUCUGUGCACCAGUCCGCCAAGCAGCGAGAACGCCGAUACUCCACGGUCUUCCUAGCUCUGGACAGAGACGCCCCUGAGUCUAUGGGGGGUCCUGGAGGAACUGGGGGUGGUGGUAGUGGUGGAGGCAAAAGAGAAGAUAAGAAGUUGCAAAAUGCCAUUGUCAAUGGAGUGCUGCAGAACACAGAGAACACCAGCAAGGAGACAGAGCCAGAUUGUUUAGAAGUUAAGGAGCUGACUCCACACCCCUCGGGUCUGCGUACUGCAGCGAGGUCUAAACUCCGAAGACAGGAAGGCAUCUCCCGAUUCUACAUCAUCCAAGUGGUAUUCCGAAAUGCCCUGGAGAUUGGGUUUCUGGUCGGCCAAUACUUUCUCUAUGGCUUCAGUGUCCCGGGGUUGUAUGAGUGUAACCGAUACCCUUGCAUCAAAGAGGUGGAGUGCUAUGUGUCGCGGCCCACUGAGAAGACUGUCUUCCUGGUGUUCAUGUUUGCUGUGAGUGGCAUCUGUGUUGUGCUCAACCUGGCUGAACUCAACCACUUAGGGUGGCGCAAGAUCAAACUGGCUGUUCGAGGGGCCCAGGCCAAAAGGAAGUCAGUCUAUGAGAUCCGGAACAAGGACCUGCCACGUGUCAGUGUUCCCAAUUUUGGCAGGACUCAGUCCAGUGAUUCUGCCUAUGUGUGAAAAGGCAGGUUUCAGGAUGGCCUAUGGGGUGACAAGAAGCCCCGGGGCAAAUGGACUGCUCAAAUGUGGAUAAAUCAGCCCUCAUCCAUGCAAUUAAGAGGUAGGAUAAGGUUGGUUAAGAGAAGAUCUUGCAUCAGUAGAAGAAAAGAGAAAAGACCUUGCAUCAAUUAUACCACUGGCUUCACAGAAGCAGUUGUGUAGAGAGAUGAGAUGGACGAGUAGAACUUUUUCUUUGGGCUCCCCUUUUUUAUAGCCCAGAUUCUGCUAAUAGUGGACUUGCACAGCUACCAAGCAAGAUUUAGCUCUGCUGAGCUCUGUGUUCUGGUAAAUGGCAUGAGUCAAAUACUUCAUUGAUACAAAUUUUGUGACCUAUUUCAAAACAUCCCUUUAUCCUGGGCUGCAGGACUAAUAUCCUUGAGGAUCCUCCAUGUAUCUCCCCCAUCAGCAUGCUCCUUUUCCUCAAUGCAGGAUAGCAUGCCAGCUUUUUUCUGAACCUGGCCUUACAUUAGACCUAAUAUGGUUUAUCUGCAAGCUAGAGGGAAUUAUAUGGGGUGCUUUCUGGAGACUGGCCAUGGCAGAGGUUUGCACUAGAGCCCCAUCAGACUGGCUCUUAGUCAUUAUGAAAACCUUAGGAAUGUCUCAAUAUUUCCAGUUUUCUAACUCAAAUUACACUGGUGCUGUUUAUUAUGGGAGGGGAAGGGCGGGGGGAGGGAACUGCAAUAUUCAACUAUAAAACUUCUGUGAGAUGGUUGGUGCACUGUUAGGCAUGUGUUUAUGAGCUUUGGAGUAUUUCUGCCUUCCAGUUUGUGGACUUUGGACAUCAUUAAAUUUUCUUCUUUUUUUGUUAGUAAUUAAGGUGUUUACCCAAGCCACAGAAUUUCUAAUUGGUGUAUCUUACUCAUUUUCUUAUAUGGUUUUGUUGUGCAUCACAGCUGCACAUUUUGCCAUGAUUUGAAUUUACCUGUGUGCUCACACCAGAGACCUUAAAUCAGCCCAUGUCAACCCCAAUUUAUUGUUUUAUGAGUUAGUUCUGAAACACAUGUAUGCAUACACACAAAUUACUGAUUUAAAAACUUGGAACUAAACACCAUUGGCUAACACGUGUUUACGGAUGUUUGAGACAUAUACCAAAGGUUCAAAAACCUAUUGCUUUGGAUUGUGAAUAUGUUUCCUUCUCUUUGCUCUUAUUUAUUUAAGUGCCAUAUUAUUCCUUUAAUAUCCACUGUGUAUUUAGCUAACGCAUUGGCCAAGAGUAAUAUUUGGAUAAUGUGCUUUUAUGAAGCCCUCUGUUUCCUUUGAAUUACCAUUAUCAUUUUGAUUUACAUAUGGAUAUGGUGUAAUAUACAAUGGAUAAUUUAUUUAAAAUAAAGUUUUUGCCUUUUUUGUAAAAA